UUUUUAGGUGCCCAGAUUACAUGGAUCCUAUAGGCCAAAAAAUAGACCUGAUCAUUUGAAUUUUCUGUCAUCACCUUUCCUAGUGAAAACAGAGGAAUUAAAGAGUUCAUUAUUACCUGAGGCAGCUAAUAACCCAAAACCGAAAAGGAGGCUUGUAAUCAACAUUAUCAAUUCAAACUCAUCCAUUCCACUCUCCUUUACCUCCAAUCCUAGAGAUGCCUUGCAACAACUUAAUAUUCCUCCCUCAAAUUUUGGAUAUUGGUCUGAACUAAGUGGUUUGGGAUUUGGUGGUCAUAGAAUAAAGCGGUCAUCAAGUGAAAACAUAAUCCAAAGUUCUGCUUUAAAUAAAGAAAAACUUAUAUUGAAUUCCAACUUGAAGGAAGAAAACAUAGGAACUGUAAAGACACCUCUCGAAGAUUCCAAGAUCACCAAGAAGACAACCAAGCCCACAAAUAUUGAAAGCAGAUUACCCAGUUUAAAUUCAAAUUCUAAUUCCCGAACCAGUAAUACAAGAUUCCAAACUCUAACAGAGGACUAUGACUAUGAUUACUUGUUCAAAGAACAGGACUUUGCAUAUGAAGAGUUGAUACCUUUGCCUAUAAAACCAGAGAAUCUGCUUAUUGGCUUGGGUGGUGCAAAAAGUACAACGAGACCCCCUUUUGAGCUUGGGUCAUAUCAACAAGAGGAGAUGAAGCAAGGUUUUAGACCAAAAGCAGAAGUUGACUAUGCAGACUUUUCAAAUUUACUCAAUUUGGCUCAGCUGUAUCAGACGAAAAAAGAAAAAGUGCAAGCUUUCAGACCAAUAAUGCCCCCACUAACCGCCAGAGAUCAAAUUCGGUUUCAGCAAUAUCAGGCGAACAUAGAAAAAGAGCCGACAAGCAGACCACCAGUAUCCCAACUACCCUUUAGAGGUCAACUUCAGUCUCAACAACCAAUAAGAGGACAACAACCUUUGAGAAACCAGUUUAAAUUUCAGAAUCCCACAACAAACCAGUUUUGGUUUCCACCCCCAUCCAAUGGCCAAUUCCAAUCUCAGCAAACUUUACAAAAUCAGUACAAGAAUGUCCAACCCAUUAGCAGCCAGAUCAAACAAGCAUUUACAGGUUUCCAGACUCAAAGUCCAAUUCUGGGGCCAUCCAUUUUUCAAAAUAAGGUUGAUUCAAUUAUAACAAUGAAGGAUGGUACAAUCAUUUCCAAAGGGCCAGGAUACCAGUUUAUAAGUGGACCUAGAGGCCAAUCUUCGACCGUUACAAACAGAAAUCCAGAUUUCCAGCUGCAAAGUAGCAAUGAACAAGCACAGUUUAAUCAACAAUAUCAGCAGUACCUCCAGUCCCUUGCCAGUACUAGGAAUAAAAAUGAAAUAAAAAUAAAUUUAAAACUUAUUUUGGUCAGGGGAACUAACAACAAUAACAACAACAAUAACAACAAUAUCAAUAUCAUCAAUAAUUACGAUGAUUAUUAUGAAGAUUAUUCAAACUUUCAAACAUCAGACUAUCAAGAUACCUAUGAUCAGCAGACCUUGUUUCAGUCCCAGCAGAUCCUAACAAACCCUCAACGACCACUCUCUAUUGCAUCUCUUCAGUCUAUUCUAAGCACUAAUCCAUCCCUGGUUUCUCAAUUCUCCACUGGAAACUCACAGAACGUAAACCAAAACUUGAAUCAAAACACUAUUUUAUCAGCAUACAUUCCACCGACUUCUAACCCGUUUUUACCUCAGUUUGUCUCUCCUUCUAGCUCUCAAAGUGCACAGAGUACAUACUACCCUCAGCUUUCUAACCAGUUUCCAAACAGAGCGCAGGAUCUAGUAAUCCUUCCAAACCAAACCAUCAACAGAGACCCUAGCAGUUCUUUCAGCAACCAAAUAAACCAGGCUUCCACUUCAACCUCUACAACAUGUGGUUCAUCGGGAUGCGCUGCAGCAGCUGCAGCUGCUUCAGGAGGAGCUGUUUCUAGCUCCUCAUCAACAUCAGGAGGACAAGGAAGGAGUGGUGACAUCCUAUUAGAAGACACCUCUGUAUCAGUUGAAACCAAUGGAGUGGGAUCUACCCCCAGUCUUGUCAGAAGCAGGUCUAAUGAACUGCAAGAGAAAGGAGAGCAAUUACCAAUACCGGGUAUCAUUCAACCCACAAUGCAGGAUUCUGAACAAAAAGUGUUGCGAAGAAAAAGAAGUUUAAAGGACUACCGAUUACUAAAACAGCCUCAGUUCUUUCAAGAUAUUGAAAUGUCAAAAACAGGAUUAGCAGGUUCAAUCUCUCCCAACGAUCAGGAUGCACAAAACUCUCUGAAGAAAGAAAUGGCAAAAAAUAUAGGAUUUUUGCAAAUCUUGGAACAGACAGAAUCAAAGCAACCGGAUGAAGCUGAAGAAACAAAGCCCAAAAUAGAAAAAAGAAUAGAAAGCAAAACUUCCGUCCAACUCCAGGACAAAAAAGAAACUCUGUUGGACCUGUUCAAUGAAGUGAUGACAAGGGAUUUAAACAAUGCUUUCGACAUUUUAGUUACUUCUACCAAUCCAAUGAUACAGUUAGCCAACACACAACUUGGAGAGUUAAUGGAUAUAAUGUCCCCAGCAAUAGAAAAUCCUCGAAUGUUUGAAUUUAUGAAAAUGAUGUUGAUUUUGCCUUUUCUUGGUGGGUUAAUGAAUAUGGUGGGAGCUCCAACCGCCAUCACUGCAGCCCUAGGUUUAUUUGUUCCGAUGUUUUUGAUGGAAAAUCUGGUGGUAUAAUCUGUACAAAUCCUUUUCAAUGUUCUCAUAUCUUAUUGUUUGGAUAAAAAUGUAAUUUUAGAAAAUGUAUUUCAAAAUAAUACGUUAGUAUUCUUUUUAA